AAAACCUUAGAAUUCAUGGAAGAGUUUUCAGAUGUCAAACAUGGCUAAAACACAUAUAUGUCUUUCUUUAAUCAUCUUGUUAUACAUCAUAUCAGAAGGAAGUUUCAUGAGAGUCAAUGCACAGGGCCAAAAGGAAUGGUGUGUAGCUAAGCCUAGCAGUUCAACCGAAGAACUUUUUAAUAACUUAAACUAUGCGUGUUCGAUAAUCGAUUGUCAGAUUAUAUCAAAAGGAGGUGCAUGUUAUUCUCUAGAUAAUCUCUAUAAUCUAGCUUCUGUCGCCAUGAAUCUUUAUUACCAAGCUGCAGGAAGACACUAUUGGAAUUGCAAUUUUGGAGGCUCUGGUCUCAUUGCCAUAACUGAUCCUAGCUAUGGAAACUGCAUAUAUGAAUUUCGUAAGUAAAGCAUAGAAAACUUCGUGAUCUUAUCUCUUACAAAACAAAUAACUCUUUGUUCAGAUAUUUCAUAUAUGAUAUCUAAACUUUGAAUAAUGGUUCUGUUUUUCUAUUAUCAAGUGUUUUUAUUCCAUUGUCCAAACCAUCUUAUUUAAUAACAGUCCAAUAUGUACCUCUAUGCUUAAUUAUAUGUGGUCAAUGUUGGUAUGGGAA